GCGAUUCUGUUCUAGCUACCCUGGUCUCUACAUUAGAAAAGGAAUAUACCCAUACAAUCUAUGUACAUCUACAUGAUAGAGUCUGUUGGAUUACUAAUCAAUUAUCUACUUUUGGCAAGCGUGACAGUUAAAUGCUUUGUAUGUGUAAGACUGAGGUUAAAUGUGUGAAGUUCUUCGACCAUGAAAUCACUAAACCGAUUUAAAAUUACAAAACCUUCUUGCCGUGUGUUUAAAAAUCUACCAAUGCAACCACUUGUGAGUACACGUGCACUUAUAUCGGGUAUAUAACAACUCUAGCCGUGGUGCGCAUUAUCAGAAACUAGUAGCUUCUACUGGAAGAGGAAGUCGUCUUAGAGUCUGUGUGGAAGCCCCCUGUUUCUACAGAGGUACCGGGUAGAAUGGAAUAGGGUUCCAUCCGUAGUUGGACCAUCUACCAUGACAACGGAAUCCCCAGGACGCGACACCUGUCCAUCCAAGGUAUCCCCCAGCCGGGAAUCCACUAUGGGGAGUACGACAGACCUGGACAGAGCCCGGCGGGAAAAGAAGCCGUUCUUUUACUGUAGAAUUGUAGCCAACCAUCCCAUCAAGUGCUUCGUGAUCACAUUACUCUGCCACUUCGCCAUGAUGAUCAUAUCCGGGAUCCUCUUGGGGUCAGGGUUCAACCUCUUUCCUACAAACUUUGAGAAACUUCCGAUGGAGCUUUACGACAUCCCGUACAGACUUCGAGACUACGCCUGGCGGGAUAGAAACGAUUACGACAACCGAUUUAAGAGGACCCUGAGUAACCAGGGCUUCGUGACGUACGAGAGGGGCCUCUAUGCCGUCUACUCAUCUGUGGACUUGUAUUACGACACAGACGGCGGAAACGUCUUCACAAAAUCAAAUCUACAGAGGAUGCAGACGAUAGAGAAUGAGCUCGCGAGCUCAACCUCUUUUUCACCUAUUUGUAUGACGUAUAAUUCUUCUCUUGUGUGCAAACCUUUUCAGUCCAUCUUGCGUUAUUUUGAUGGAACUUAUAAACACAUCAGUGCUACAUUGGAUGACCCUAAUUUUAACAACAUACCGGGGGUUCUGUAUGAAGCCUUCACAAACAAUGAUACGAAGUCUGACUUUUUGUUCUUUCUUCCGAAAGGAUACAGUUUAUCUGCGACCCACGCUCAUGGAACGCUUACUCGCUCUAUAAUGGCGGCCGGGUGCUCUAUUUCGGGCACUACUAAGUGUGCUUUGAAAACAUGGAGAACUGAGACUCUUGUUCAUUUAAAGAAAAUAAAGACAAUCUUGGAAAAACACGUGGAUGAUUCUACGGAGGAUUUUAAAUUUUAUUUUCACUCCCUAAACUUGUGGCUGUCUGACGUUCUACGGCAAGCCAUAAUGGACAUGUUGUGCGCCGUGGGAAGCAUGCUCUUCAUUUUCUGCUUCAUGCUGUUUCACACCAGGUCCUUUUGGAUCGCUGGGUGGGCCAUCAUCAGUAUUCUACUGAGCUUUCUAGGGACAAACAUCAUUUACACGGGUAUCAUUGACUUCCAAUAUUUCGGUUUCUUUCACAUUUUGUCUAUAUUCAUUAUUCUCGGAAUCGGUGCAGACGAUUUGUUUGUGUUUUAUGAUAACUGGAGACUGACGGGGUUCUCUUCCUAUCCCAGUCUGGCGCAUCGUCUGUCGGACACUUAUUCAAAGUCUGUCCUCAGCAUGUUGAUUACGUCACUGACUACGUCAGUAGCGUUUUUCUCAAGUGCCAUAUCACCUCUUCUAGCAACGCGUUCGUUUGGUGUGUUUUCGGGACUCCUCGUGAUUUAUAACUAUUUGUCCGUGAUAAUCUUCUUCCCCACUGUAGUUACUGUUUAUCACAUUAAAUACGAACAAUGGACCUGUCCAUGUUGCCGAAAAUGCAAGAAAAAGGAAAAUCCUUCAGAGAAAGAAAUCAAGGGAAAUUGCAACGAGGUGUACGUCAUCACAGAAGUUGAAAUGACCGUGAAUGAAAAAGAGAGCCCCACAGAGGACUCCCCCGUUAUAAACAUCACUGUCAAUGGUGUCCCAAUUCCAAAUGUCAGAGAAAAAUCAAUCGUUAUGAAUGGACAUUCCAAUGGACAUAUAAGUAAUGGUAAAGCUAUCAUGUCAAAUGGGAGUGCAAAUGGUAACAUUGCAAACGGCAAUGUCAUCGCAAACGGUAAACCUAAUUCGGCCCAUAGCAGUGGUAAACACGAAAAAGACGCAAUGAUGAUAAAGGCAUUGCACAAAAAGAAACAGAAGAAGUUGGUCGUUUUCUUCAGAGACUACUACUGUCGAUUUGUCACCCAUAAAAUCACGCGCUGCGUGGCUCUCCCGAUCUUUGCAAUAAUCGUGGGGGUCUUCGCUUACUCGGCCUCCACCCUGGAGCCAGACAACGAACAGCUCCAGAUCUACAAGAAGUCCCAUUUCUACACCCAGGCCAUGGACAAAGAGCUCUACUCCUUUGUACAGAAUGUGGACGACAACUUGCUGACGGUCAACAUAGUUUGGGGAUUGUCCCUCAAGGACCGCAGUGACUGCCAUUUCUCCUCCAUUGACUGUCGGGGCACCCAGAUGUACGAUGCCUCAUUCGACCCCAACCCCGUGGCCAAUCAGCAGGCUCUAAAGGAUUUCUGUGAUUUUUUCUACAAUAUGACAUCAUCUGACAUAAGUAAAUACAACAUUAAAACGGACACGUCCGGAAAUCCGGAAGUGGCUUGUUUCACGAGAGAUCUGGAAACUUAUCUGAAGUCUCUUUCUAUCGGCGGACUGGAUUUGUCCCUACCCUGGGACUCCACCAAGACCCUUGCCUUCAUGAAUGCACAGACGUCAUUCUACGACACUUCCGGUUUCUCCUCGUACCCUCACUUCCUGUCAAUACCUAUGCAGUAUUGGAUGUACAAUGGUUACUCGGGGAAUUUCACGGCAGACUACGGAAUGUACAAUGAUCUGUUUGGGGAAGAAAACUCCACGUACAGUACAGCCCUGAAAACGGACAGCUCAAUAUUUUACGGGAACAAGCUGAAGUACCUAGCUGUCAGCGUAAACACGACUAUCAACCGCCGGACAACGGGCUACUCCAAGGGGAUCCCCAUCGUACAGCGCUGGGAGGAGCUGGUCAAUAACAGGAUGUCCAUGAUGCCUGCCGGAGUAAACAAUGGCUUCCAGCUGACACGUGACUCAUGGCACUGGUUCUACGUCCUCAAGAGUCUUGCUGACAACGCCCUACUGGGGAUCCUGAUCGGGGUGGGGCUGGCCUUCCCCAUCCUGUCACUGUCCACCAUGAACGUGCUGAUCGGGUUCCUGGCCACCCUGUCCAUCUGCUGCACCACCGUCUGUGUCAUCGGGGUUAUCCCCCUGGCCGGCUGGAAGCUCGGGCUGCUGACGUCAUUAAACAUGUGCUUAGUUGUCGGGCUUGCCGUGGACUAUGUUGUUCACUUGGCGGAGGGAUACAUAUUGUCACUUCACACGGACAGAUACAGUCGAACACGUGACAUGUUAGAGGAGAUGGGGCCUUCGGUUUUCUCGGGUGCUUGUACUACACUCGGAGCAUCUCUCUUUAUGUUCGCGGCAGAAAUUCAGUUCUUCAUGCAGUUCGGGGUGUUCAUGUUCUGUACAAUCGGAUUUUCUCUGAUUUUUUCGUUGGGACUUUUUACGUUGCUUGUUGGGCUCAUUGGCCCACAAGGCAAUACGGGGAAUUUAAAAGUUUUAUUCCGGAAGUGUAAAGAAAAACUCUUAAAAAGAGGCUCAGGCAAGACGAGUUGACAAUAUAGUUCUAUAAAGAACUAGUAUUUUAACAAUCAAAUUGAAUGUCAAUGUCAAAGUGAAUCAAAUUUACAUUUUGUUGUUACAUAUUUACUGAUGAUGGAUAUGAUAUUUCAUUCAUUUAUCCUUUUU